UUCUCAGCCUGUUAUAAAUAGAAAAGCAGCAACCCUUCCAGGACAGUUGAUGAAUGGGUCGCAUCCUCGGAUUUGCGCUGGUAGACACAGGAACAGCCUUAAAAUGUGUUAAAAUAUCAAAUAUUAAACAUGGAGCAACUCAGACCUUGUUUGUUCAUUUUUCUGUUGGCCAUUUUGCUGUCAUUGAGCAUCUCUUCAACCACAAACUCUGACCACACCAACACAGAGAUAUUUGAGUGGAAGGGUGGAGAUGGUGUGAAAAGAUCACGAGUGAGAAGGCAGAACUUACACCUACCAGAUGCAUUAAGUUUACCAGAAAAGGUUUAUGGUAUGUUUAUUUUAUGGAGACUUCUAAAUUCCAAUGAUACAAACACCAUCAGAACAUCAACAAUGAGACCAGACAAACUGGAAUCUAUGUCAUCAGAAGGGCCGAAAAACACGGAGAUCGUCUUCAAAGCAAAGGACAAACCGUCUUCAGCUCCCACACAGGAACAAAGCACUCAUUCCACUGGUAUUGCUGGUACAGCUAUGGCAUCGUUCCCCACUGACCCAUCAUCACCAGACUCACAGAAAACAACUCAAUCAGGAGAUUCACAACUAGUCAAACAAUCAACUCAACAACUCCAGAUCACAAUACAGACAAUACCAGAACCCAGUCAAGUUACAGAACAACACAUCCCUGAUUCUACACCAUUGACAAUCAAAAUCUCCUCCAAAGCAGCGGAGGAACCUUCUACAAUGAUCAUUCAUGAACGAAUUGACCAUUUCACUGGUAUUACUGGUACAAAGGAUCCUACAGCUAUGACAUCUUUCCCAACAGAUUCACCAGACUCACAGGCAACAACUCAAUCAGGAGAUUCCCAACUAGUAGAAGAAUCAUCAACAAGCGCAAACCGGAAAAUUACAGAGCCCAGUCAAGUUACGGAGCAACACAUCCCUCAUUCCAAAACAUUCACAAUCAAAAUUUCCUCCAAAGCAGUUGAGGAAACUUCCUUAGAUACCAUGCAUGAAGAAAGCUCUCGUUCUACUGGUACAAAUGAUUCUACAGGUAUAACAUCUUUCUCCACUGAACUGCCACCACAAGAGUCACAAAACAACACUCAGUCAGGAGCAGCACGACUAUUCACACAACAAUCAACUCAACAUCUCCAGCGCUCCAAGCUGAACAUUUCAGAACCUAGUCAAGUCACAGAGCAACAAAUCCCUGAUUCCACAACAUUACCAAUCAAAAACUACUCCAAAGCAGCGGAGGAACCUUCUUCAACUAUCAUUCAUGAACAAAUUGACCAUUUCACUGGUAUUACUGAUACAAAGGAUCCUACAGCUAUGACAUCUUUCCCAACACACUCACCAGACUCACAGACAACAACUCAAUCAGGAGAUUCCCAACUAGUUGAACAAUCAUCAACAAGUGCAAAACAGAAAAUUACAGAGCCCAGUCAAGUUACGGAGCAACACAUCCCUCAUUCCAAAACAUUCACAAUCAAAAUUUCCUCCAAAGCAGUUGAGGAAACUUCCUUAGAUACCAUGCAUGAAGAAAGCUCUCGUUCUACUGGUACAAAUGAUUCUACAGCUAUAACAUCUUUCUCCACUGAACUGCCACCACAAGAGUCACAAAACAACACUCAGUCAGGAGCAGCACAACUAUUCACACAACAAUCAACUCAACAUCUCCAGCGCUCCAAGCUGAACAUUUCAGAACCUAGUCAAGUCACAGAGCAACAAAUCCCUGAUUCCACAACAUUACCAAUCAAAAACUACUCCAAAGCAGCGGAGGAACCUUCUUCAACUAUCAUUCAUGAACAAAUUGACCAUUUCACUGGUAUUACUGAUACAAAGGAUCCUACAGCUAUGACAUCUUUCCCAACACACUCACCAGACUCACAGACAACAGCUCAAUCAGGAGAUUCCCAACUAGUUGAACAAUCAUCAACAAGUGCAAAACAGAAAAUUACAGAGCCCAGUCAAGUUACGGAGCAACACAUCCCUCAUUCCAAAACAUUCACAAUCAAAAUUUCCUCCAAAGCAGUUGAGGAAACUUCCUUAGAUACCAUGCAUGAAGAAAGCUCUCGUUCUACUGGUACAAAUGAUUCUACAGCUAUAACAUCUUUCUCCACUGAACUGCCACCACAAGAGUCACAAAACAACACUCAGUCAGGAGCAGCACAACUAUUCAAACAACAAUCAACUCAACAUCUCCAGCGCUCCAAGCCGAAUAUUUCAGAACCUAGUCAAGUCACAGAGCAACAAAUCCCUGAUUCCACAACAUUACCAAUCAAAAUCUCCUCCAAAGCAGCGGAGGAACCUUCUUCAACUAUCAUUCAUGAACUAAUUGACCAUUUCACUGGUAUUACUGAUACAAAGGACCCUACAGCUAUGACAUCUUUCCCAACACACUCACCAGACUCACAGACAACAACUCAAUCAGGAGCACCACAACUACUCAAUCAAUCAACACAUUUCCAGAGCACCAACAGCCCCACAAUUCCAAAACCUAGUCAAGAAUUUCUACAACCCACUGCACUCAUGUUCACCCCAGACAUCACCACAACAUACAGAAAUGAUAAGGAAACUCCACCACAGACUGCCGUAAACUCACACAUUACAAACCAUGGCAUACUUGCAUCAACAAGGGGAAAUGACAGCCUGCAACCCACUUCACUUCCACAAACAAAGAAGCAUGAACAUCCAAGAAGGGCCAUCACUGGGAUGGUGAAAGGCAUUUCAAAACCCACUCUACCUACAAGGACAAAAAACCCAACUUUAAGUUCAUCAUCAGUCAUGCUUGAAAUUCUAGAAACUGCUACAUACACACAUUCUGUAACUUGGCACAAUGGGAAGCCCAACCAGUUUGGGACAGCCACAGAUUGGAGAGUUUCAAAACCUACGCCACCUGCAUUCACAUUGAAGGAACAAAUCAAAGACUCCACUUCACUUCGGUUCACGUCAGAUCCAGAACGCCACAAACCCACACCGGCAGAAGAGCCUAGAAAUCAAAACACUGAACAAAAUGCAAUUAAAACUUCUAAUGACGGUUUAAUGCAACACUUCAUGACAACAAAAACUCGCAUAUUAACAAAUGAUUUAUCAGUAAGCAGCAAAACAGCUUCCACAUCACCUGUUCUUAGCCUGACAGAGGAUCAUUUAGUUGACUCAAAAGGACCAGGGGACACUUCUGUGUCGAAGGACAUUAGUCUACAUGUUUCCACAUCAUCUGCUGCACCAUUCACAGAUCAGAUGAAUCCAAAAACACAAUCACAUAGCACAACAAAAAAAUUUCCAGUUCUUGGCACAAUAAUAUCCCAUACAAGUGUCCUGUUAGCAAAGGACACAUCAACUCAAGCUCCUACAGAUAAAGUGAGACCGUCUCAAACUAUUCCAGUCUCCACAGAAAAGCUCACUGUGACAUUCACUCCAAAUCCAAAACCUUCAGAAAAACAUAUUCAUACAACAUCAGCCGUGAGACGUGGAUUUCUGACAUUAAUAACUCAGGAAAUUCCAUCCUGGAUUUCAACAAAACAGUCCAAUUUACUCCCCAUUGAAACAACAGAGCCUCGAUCAGACUUGACAAAUCAAGAACCUACAGCAGAUACAGUGGAGAAGGAAAAGUACCCCAAUAAUGAUAAGAAUCUGUUAACUGAGGUGGACAAACCAACACAAAGCACGACUGGGCGCAAACUGAGUAAGACGACUCGUACAGCUACAACAAAACUGCAUAUGUCAAAAACACAAAAGGUCUCACGGAAUCCCAAGAAAUUUAUUUUACCAACACACAAAUCAGCUGAUACAGCAAUAAAAGAUGACACGGAAACCCACAGAGGAAUUUUUGGAUUACUCUUCACUUUUGGGUGCCUCCUUUUGCUGAUAAUAUUAAUCUUGCUUUGGGUAGUACAGAGAAGAUGGCAGGCCCGGCGCUGGAGGCACAACAUGUGGGUGGCAGGUCCCCCUCUCCUGUGUGGAACUUAUCAUUCUGUCUUGCAGAGCAGCAGUACACAUACUGCAAUAGAGAUGAGGAAAGGAAACACCCAAAAGAAUAAGCAGGAAUAUAGUGAUGUUCAUGAGAGAAUCCCCCUCAAGCAACAACACAAAGACCUUCAAUAAACACAAGGAUGUCAGCGAACACAACAAGGCACACUCUCUAAUACUUACCCUCAACUUUUUUAACUAAACAAAUUGUGAAUUAACAAAUUCUACAGACUCUUCAGUGUAUGCAAACACUUAACUUUACAUGACUUACAUGAACAAAUGAGAGAUAACAUUACAUUAUAUAGAGAUUGUGUGACUGUACAUUCAGUGCUUGUAUUAAAUUAUUUUAAUAAAAAGGUAUUUUUUCACCUGUA